GUCCAUGAUACUGAUUCAUGUGCUUCCCAGAGAUCUGGGCGAGUUCUUUGACAUCGUUUCUCCAGCUGUUGAGGGUCUUCACCUUCCGGUGGAUGUGCGUCAGGUGCUGCUCCAGCAGGUGUUUGACAAUGCCAACCUCAAAGACCCUGAGGUGCUGGUGUGGUUGGGCCAGAGACUCCACCCACUUUUACCCAACCUAACAGAUGAGCAUGUGGCCCCCCUCUUCAACAUCGUCAGACACAGAGACUGCAACACCAGCCAAGAAACAGUGGCGUUGUUGAACUCUAUCCUACCAUCACUGUCCAACGGCACACAGGCUGCUGUCCAGUAUCAAAUAAUCAUAUCUCUCAGAGGUAUUCACCUGGUCAUCAUCUCCAGUGGUGUGAAGUACUUAAAAUCAACUCCACUACGUUGCUAUAGGAACAACAGCUUCUUCAUGUUCCUGAGACAAUCCUUCCUCAACUUUACAUUCCCAAAGUUGACCAACUUCCUCUCCCUUAUUCCACCACAGCGGGAAUAUGAGCUGCUCAACACCAUGCAUCCCUCAGAGCUCGGCACCUUCCUCAGGAAGCCAGAGGUGGUGGACAACAAGACUAAGCUCUGCACAAUCUUCCGAAACUACAAAGAAACUCCAGAGUUCUUGGAAACCGAGAAUCUUCCGGAUGACGUGAAGCGUCCAGUCCUGCCCUGCGUCUGGCCUUUGGUUCUGGCCACUGAUGACAAGGCUGAGGUUGACCGCUGGUUUGACAACAGACUGAGGAACUACCUGAAACCUGAAAUAUCUACAUCAUUUAACGUGAAGAAAAGGUUGACUGUCUGCUGUGGUUUUGACAGUGUGUAUCUACUGGGAUCCAAGCUCACUUUCAAUGGCUCAGCCAUAAUUCAAGAUGACAUGUACAGCACCAUAAAGAACUACCUCAACACAAGAAGUUCAGCAGCACCCAAGUGUUAUAGUCCCACUGACCCAAAUCUCAACUCCACCGCCUGGUUCCUUAACUACAUUGGUGUGUUCAUCACCUUUGUGACCAUUGAAGACUUCAACACAUUUGGCUCAGAGUCAACACUACAACUAUUUGCCGUGAACCCUGUCAACAUUGAGUUGUUCAAUUUCGCUGGAGCUCCUCAAAAUCUGACUAAAUGCUUUACUGAGCUUAUCUUCCUGCAGAACUCCAACUUCCUCCCACUGCAGUGA